AUGGAUCCAGUCUCUGCCUGUGGUGUGGCCGCUUCCGUGGUUCAGUUCAUCAACUUCACCGAAACCCUCCUCCGUGGAACUUACGAGAUCUACAAGUCUGCUACGCCUGCUGGAGACACCAAGAUCAACUGCGAUCUCAUGAAUGUCACCACUAGCUUGAAGACAUUAAAUGAUGACCUACUGUCAUCACUUAGCCAACGAAUCUCAGAUGGUAAAUCAUUGUCGCAUCACGAGAUCCGCAUCGGCCGGGUCUGUGAGGAGUGUAAUGAGAUUGCUGGCCAGCUGAUUUCCAAGCUUAAAAAGCUCCGCGCUCAAAAAAAACACAACUUGUGGGAAAGUUUUCGGAAAGCGCUUCAGACUGUAUGGAACAAGAGAGCGAUCGAAGUGUUGGAAUUGCGCCUGCAUUCAUUCCGGAUUUAUAUUUCUGAUCAAAUCGACUCCUUGCGGACUGUCCAAUCUAACAAUGGCCACCUCAUCUCUAGCACCCUUCAGGUGACCCAAGAAGUCCGCCACAGCCUUCUCGCUCACAUGGAACAGAACACUAAAUGGCAGCAACAAGUCAUUAAUGCCAUAUUGUCCAGCAAGGAAUCGCGUCUACCGGCGAGCUGGGACCAUAACGCUUUAAUGUUAAGCCCAGAAAACCAGUUCAGCAAUGAGUUCAUGAAACGGUUUCGGACUUACAUUUUCCGCGAAUUGAAAUUUGACGACAUAUAUCGUCGAGCCCAAGGGAUUUCCCGCCCACAUCCAGAGUCAUUUGAGUGGAUCUACUCUUCGUGCUCUGAAGACAGUACUCCCAACUUUGUUCGGUUUCUAGAAGGCGAUCAAAAUCUUUUUUGGAUCACGGGAAAACCAGCCUCGGGCAAGUCAACUCUGAUGAAGCUGAUAAGUGACGACCAUCGAACCAUUAGCCACCUCAAGAUAUGGUGUUCCAAUGAAGACCUUUUCGUUUCUCGCUUCUACUUUUGGUGUUCUGGCACGGAAUUGCAGAUGUCUCUAGAAGGCCUCCUGAAAACACUCCUCUACGAAGCCUUCGAAUACCUGCCGCACUUGAUCCCAAUAAUCUUCCGAGAUCGAAUGACACACUUUAUCCUAUUCGGAGACGAGAGACCUUUGGGAGACAUGGCCGGAUUGCUCGAAGCGUUCAAGCUACUUGUGCUUGAAAUUACGAAGUCGAAAAGGAUGUUUCUCCUUAUUGACGGACUCGACGAGUUCAAAGGUGAUCAUUCGGAACAGCUCAUGCUAGUCGAAUUCUUAUACAACCUUCUGAGCUUGACCCCAAACAUCAAGAUAUGCGUGUCUAGUCGGGAAUGGAAUGUUUUCGCAGAUGCGUUUAAUGCUCGCCCAAGUUUAAGACUUGAGGAUCUUACGUACCAAGAUAUUCAGCAUUAUGUCUCGUCGAGAUUUUCUAAUAAUUUAGGCUUCGUUGCACUCCAACGAGGAGACCCGAACUACGCAUCUUCCCUCAUCGAUAAUGUGUCAACCAAGGCCUCCGGUGUGUUUCUUUGGGUGGUUCUUGUAGUUCGCUCGCUUCUCCAAGGUCUCACUGAUGGUGACCGUCUUUCGGACCUUCAAAAUCGUUUGGACUCACUGCCCACAGACCUUGAAACUCUUUUCUUGAAUAUCCUGAAAUCUGUUGACUUUGGGAGGGCUUCACAACUCAUUCAGAUUGUCGAAAAGGCGUUAGAACUUGACGAUGAAGGGUUAACUUCCAUUCAAUUAUCCUUUGCGGACGAGGAUGACCCCGAAUUUAUUUUCCAUCUGCAAAAACCGAGAGAUGAAGCAAAGCAUGCCAAAUUUUCUGCGAUAGCCGAAGUGAUGAGACGUCGUCUCAAUGCUUGUAGCAAAGGCUUGUUAGAAUUGCAAACAGGAUACAAACGGGACCCCGCCGAAGCCCAAGUGGAAUAUCUACACAGGACUGUCAGGGACUUCGUCCGGCGACCAGAAAUUUGGGCAAAUCUUCGUGAAGCCACUACACACCCGUUCAAUCCUGCAGCACGUCUCGCCGUAUCUGCGAUAGCUUGCUCCAAAAUAGGUUAUAGGAAUGCCAAAACUUCCGAUCAAAUCGGCGAGGUGUUUUGGGAUCUGCUCACGGCCUCGAUGAUAAACAUAUAUCGUAGUCGCUCACCCAAUAUGCUGCCACAAUCCGACUUACUCGACAUACUGGAGAAAGAAGCGGUGGAGAUCAUGUCCUCAGGUGUUCUAGGUAUUUUAAUACCUUAUAAGCGAUGCCCGCUGACUACGGCAUCGGACGAGCUGGCAGUGUCAUCAUUUCUACACCUAGCAGUGAAGCUGCAAUUGGAUACAUACGUGACACAAAAAGCGAUAUCCUUCCACUAUCCAGACGAAAUCGCCCGCUUCUCGUAUCUGUUUCAAAUAGCCGUUGCCGAGUACAGGAUCACUCAUAGCAGAUUCAGUUAUGAGCAUCCGAGUCUCCGUCUAAUCGAAACAUUCCUCAAACUCGGCGUCAGUCCAAAUCAGCGUCUUCAUAUCAGUCGCAAGACUCAAAACAGGACUUCUGGCCUUCAGACCAAAACCAUCUGGCAAUUUGUUGUUUCUGAUUCUGCGAGGAGACCUGAAGUGCUGAAGCUGUUUCUACGCUACGGAGCUGAUCCGUUUGUACCAGAACUGGACUCUCUUGAGUUUGAUGAAUUGCGGAAAGGCGGGGAUGACAUGCGGGAACUUUUGCAGGCAGCAAGGCAAAAGGUAAUUGAAAAUGAGGGGCCUAGAGGGGAGGCACCAAGAAAGGACACAAGCAAAACAAACUCCAAAUGGUCUCGAAUCCGCGGCGAAAGGCUUUUUGGCAGGAGGACCUAGACAAGACGUCUCCGCCAUAUUUCGUUCAAGAAUCUAAUUCACAGAAUAUUCACAAAAUAUCAGCAAAGCCACUGGUAUAUAUUCUAUAAAUAUAACUCUCCGAGUUGAGGCGUCUCCACAUCCUCACUACUACUACUCUAAUUAUUAGAGCAUCACGUUACUCAAAAUAUUCAUGAGUCGUAUGAGUAGUUCUUUGACACACGAGUCACUAGUAAAACAGCGAGUCAGUUGCAGAUUCUCCCAACGCAUCACUUGUCCCAGCUCCAAAAUCAAGCCUUCCGUUUGGCUUUCUUGAUCUGUCCAUUGUUGGCCGA